CUUUUAAACAACCGAAUGGAUGUAGAUUUGCUAAAAAUCCGAGAUGCUGGAGAUUACUCGAUUGAGGUCUUGAAAGCUGCAGGGAUGAAUUUAGGAGAUAACAUGGAAUUGAUUCGUCCUUUUAAUGAAAUUGAGGAAAUAGAAGAAAAGGCAAAUGAUUACUGGAGUUUGGUUAUAGAUAUUGCUCGAAGAAACCAGAUUUCUGAAAUAAAGAAGUCCGGUCAGAUUAUGGGACAGAGUAAGAAGGAUGGUUGGAUAGCAGGCCAGAUAAUCUAUAUCUGCAUGCAAUGUGCAUACAUAUUUUUCUUUGAGGCCGAUAUCUGUCAAAUAGGCAUGGAUCAGCAAACAGUAAAUGCACUUGAAAGGAAGUUCUGUCAUGAAACCAAGAGGAAAAACAAGCCCAUCAUGUUAUCUCAUCACGUGCUUCCUAGUUUAUUAAAUUCUGAUCCUUCAUCCGUCAUCUAUAUGGAUGACGAUGAGGCCACGGUUGAAAAGAAGAUAGGGAAAGCAUAUUGUCCCUCUACCGUUCAAGGGAAUCCAUGCCUCCAGUACAUAAAGUACAUUGUAUUCCCUUGGUUUAACGAGGUUAAGGUUGAAAGGGAAGAGAAAAACGGAGGUGAAAAGGACUAUACCAGUUGUGAAGAGCUUUUUGCUGAUUACGAAAAAGGGCUUUUGCAUCCUGGUGAUUUGAAACCAGCACUAUGGAAAGCUAUAAAUACAAUUUUGCAGCCUGUGCGCGAGCAUUUCAAAAAUGACAAGGAUGCCAAUAAGUUAUUGAUGAAGGUCAAAAGUCAUCUAGAUUCAGAGAAGAGAGGGAUGUCAUUGAAGGAUUUAUCAUCCCCCUUAAAUCAUCCUAAUUCCACCACAGAGAUGUGCAUGGAAAAAAAAUUUAAUCUUGUGAGGAGCAUUGGGGAAGAAUGCAUUGAGGAUGGAGAACUCCGGGAACUUCUUACCAACAAGCCCAGACCCAUUUCCUACGAUGGGUUUGAACCGUCUGGUAGAAUGCAUAUAGCUCAGGGUGUUAUGAAGACUAUAAAUGUUAACAAGCUGACUUCUGCUGGUUGUAAAGUAAAAAUUUGGAUAGCAGACUGGUUUGCACUGUUAAACGACAAAAUGGGUGGAGAUCUGGAAAAAAUCGAAGUUGUUGGAAAAUACUUUAUUGAAACCUGGAAAGGCUCAGCGAUGAAUUUAGAUAAUGUGGAAUUUAUCUGGUCGUCCAAAGAAAUUAAUAGAAGAGCAGUUGAUUACUGGCCUCUAGUUUUGGAUAUUGCCCGAAGAAACACACUUUCAAGAAUAACGAAGUGUUGUAAAAUUAUGGGUCGGAAUGAUAAGAACUUGACUCUUGCCCAGAUAUUCUACCCAUGCAUGCAGUGUGCAGACAUAUUUUUUCUUGAGGCUGAUAUUUGUCAGUUGGGCAACGAUCAAAGAAAAGUGAAUGUUCUUGCUAGGGAGUAUUGUAAGGAAAUUAAGAAGGAAAACAAGCCUGUCAUAUUAUCUCAUCACAUGCUUUCUGGUUUGCUGGAAGGACAAAGUAAGAUGUCAAAAUCUAAUCCUAAUUCGGCCAUCUUUAUGGAGGAUGAGGAGGCUGAGAUUGUUACAAAGAUAAAUAAUGCGUACUGUCCGCCCAAUGUUGUUGAAGAGAAUCCAUGCCUCGAGUACAUCAAGUACAUUGUAUUUCCUUGGUUUAACGAGUUCAAGGUUGAAGGGAAAGAGAUAAGCGGAGGUGAAAGAAGCUACAGGAAUUUUCCAAAAUUGCUGAACACGCCAAAUGACGUGCUGAAGUUGCAAGAUAUAUGCUACCCAGUUUUUAUGUCAACGGUUGACUUUGUGGAUGACUUUCAGCCAAUUUUGAGUUUUUCAUGUCGCUGGAGCGCAUAUAACACGAGUUGUGCAGCAGAUUCGAAAGACGACUUCUUUUCAGCUUGCAGAACCCCUCAAUCGCCAGGUGGCUUGCUCCAGGUGCUCAAGCGGACAGCAAGACUAAUAUUCAAAAGCCUCGCAGGAAAAGCGUAG